GCGUGGGCCACCCGAUCUUAGCGACAAGGAACUCGACGACGGCGCUGACGAAGGGAACGGUAGGUGGUGGGGCGGCUUCCAGCACCAGCGGAGCGACGGCUGGUGCGGGCGCCAGCGCAGCGGCAGGUGGGGCAGGCGCGGGGUCAGCCAGUGCAGCCAGCAAGGACGACACUACAGAAGCCAAGGACUCAUCUGGACGACCCCUGGUGCCUGUCAACAAAAAUCUGGGCAAUGUUAAGGCGGAACAUGGUGCCCAUCCCUCGAUGGCGUUCUUCCAGAACCGGUCACUCAGCCUGGUGGAUAUGUACAUCGACACUUCGGAGCCUACGGAAAAUGUGGGCCAGAUCCAGUUCUCCAUGGAAUACAACUUCAACGAGAUGACCCUCAUCCUUAGGAUUAUGCAGUGGAAAACACUCGACAUAGUUGUGCUCUACUCUGGAACAUUUAUCGACGAGAUAAAAAGUUAUACUGGCCUGGCAACUAGAAGUGGUAUAUCUCAAGACUCUGUAUGUGAUGAUGGAGGCAGUGAUGAUGGAGGCAGUGAUGAUGGAGACAGUGAUGAUGGAAACAGUGAUGAUGGAAACAGUGAUGAUGGAAACAGUGAUGAUGGAGACAGUGGUGACGGAAGCAGUGAUGAUGGAGACAGUGAUGAUGGAGGCAGUGAUGAUGGAGGCAGUGAUGAUGGAGGCUUGCGGGGGUUUCCUAUUCAGAAGCUACAGAGUCGAGUGCUCCACCUUCAUGUAUUCGACUACGAUCGCUUUUCUAGGGACGACUCUAUAGGUGAAGUUCACAUUCCCCUCUGCCAGGUUGACUUUUCGGAAAAGAACAACACCUUCUGGAAAGCGUUGCAUCCUUUGGAGAAGAACAAGUGCGGUGAGAUCUUAACCUCCCUCAUGUAUCAGCCUUCAACCUCUCAGCUCACUCUCACAGUCAUCAAGUGCAGGAACCUUAAGGCGAAAGACAUCAAUGGAAAAUCAGAUCCCUAUGUGAAGGUGUGGUUGUAUUUUGGGGAGAAGAGGAUAGAGAAGAAGAAAUCUGAGGUUCAAUUCUGCACUCUGAACCCCGAGUUCAACUUCAGUGUGAUGUUUGAAGUUCCGUGGGAGCGAAUUCGAGAGUGUCAACUCAACGUCACCAUCAUGGACCACGAUAAAGUUGGACGCAACGAAGCCAUUGGCAAGAUUAUGCUGGGUAAGGCUGGAAGUGGAACCUCAGAGACCAAACACUGGAGCGACAUGAUUACCAAGCCUCGGCAAAAUGUAGUCCAGUGGCAUCGUCUCAAGCCAGAGUGAAUGGGGCGUUGUGUGCCCCUCUCCCUCCCUGCCCCAGCUGCUGCUGCUACUACUGUUGCUGCUGCUGCUGCUGUUGCUGCUGCUGCUGCUGCUGCUGCCUAGGUGGCCACGAGACCAGUGUCAGGCGCUGCAGGGCUUCCCAACCGCUCAACUGUUGUUAAUGAGGACCAGCGCAGAGUGACCACACAAAGAAGACAGUAUCAUGCAGUUAAUAUAGAUGGCUUUAUAAAAAUCUUAACUGGGAAUAUAGUGCUGAGCAUCGGGACAUUAUAUGGCAGUUUUGUGUGUUUGUAUGUACGUACGUGUGUACAUGCACAUUCAUGUGCAUGUACACGAGUGUUUAUUUGUUUCUUUUGGCAUGCAUGCAUUAGUGUGUUUAUUAUUUUUGGCACGUGUAUUCACACAUGCAUGUGUGUGUACACGUACAUGUGUUUGUCUGCAGAUGUCACUGUUUUAUGCCAUAUGUGCAACAUGCAGCAGCAAGGCUGUGCCACCACCAGCUGUACUCACAUGACCAGCUGCCUGAGUACCCUUCCUCUCCCCCCAGGCUAAAAAGUACCAGCACAGAGCGUAGCCAUAUGUCCUAGUGUAGGCCUGCUACCACACAGCUCGCCGCCUCCACCACACUACUGUACCACCCACCCGCAACUUUGUACUGUGCAUACACGAAAAAAAUAAAAAAUAAAAAAAUGUAAUAAGAUGGCAUUGUGAGCAUUAUUUGCAGCAGUUUCAUCCCUAAAAAUUCAAAUACCUCCCUUAAAACAAGAAAGAAACACAUAGCAACCACAGGGAGACUGGAGAGAGAUGCUUCAUAGGUGGAUCCCGGGGAGGUGGUGGGAGGUGGUGUGUUGAGGCCGCAGUGUGCGCCUUUGUGGCUUGGUGGAGUGCGCAGGGGACUGGGGGUGCCGCCCCAUUUGUUCCUAGGUUUUAUGACAGAAGACAAAAAAAAAGACAUUAGCAAAUCUACACAUCAUGUAGGAUUUUACUGGUAUCUUUAAUAUAUGACAAAGCCAAAAGUACAUCAGAAUAAUAUACAUCCCUAACUAAGAAGUACAGUUUGGUGAUGGGAAAUGCUUACCCUUAAAAUAUAAUCUGAAAUACCUAAAGAUUUGGUCUUCUUGCCAAUUUUUAAUAUAAUUUCAGUGGUUUUUGUCGGGCAUUCAAAUCGGCAGCGGCAUUUCCAUACGUCUAUGCAUCUCCACUCAAUGGUGUCGUAGUUAGCAGUGAAAGACUUUGUUAGGAUUGGUGGUUCUAGCGAGCUGUUUUGAAUUAAUGUUUUCUAGAACCCAGCUGCGGGAUUCAUUUCAUAUUAUUUGAUAGACGAUGGUCAGGUAGUUUACAUUCAGAUUCUUUUCUGGUAUACUGUUUGUGAUGGUAAUAUGUUUUGAUUUUUAGUUGAGCAGAAAUUAUGUACAAUACACCAGUAUCUUGCCGUGAGUAUCUGUAGCAUCUCUUUGUAAAAUAUUGUAAAUGUGGCUCAAUACAUACAUACAUAUAUACAUUAUAU